AGUGAGUUUUAAGGCUGUCCUUGAAAUAAUUCAUGUUACACCUACUACUUGAUUGAUUACCCAUUUGAGUUGAACUCUGUUUUUUAGUGCCAAACCCGUUCCGUGGGGUCACUGCAGUUCUUGGCUGUGAUUUUAUAUAUACAUACUUAUAUUAUCAGAAUAUAUGUAUGCUGCUUUUUAGUUGCCAGUCUCACUUGGUGUUUGUGUUUGGCAGGAACAUUAUGGCCUAAUAUCCUGAGUUCUAAUUUGUGGUGGGUGAUGCCUUAAUGUGGUCGGAUCACAGUGUGUCAACGCUUAGGUGUAAUUAGCUUUUUGGGUUCGUUAAGUUGUUGGCAAUUAUCCUAUUAGUUUGUAUCUUGAACAUGCAAUUGUUCUUUUCUAUGGAUGUUAUUAGAUUAUGUUCUGCUAUCCAAUCUUCUUUCAACAACUAUGCAGCCCACCACCUUGCUGAAAGAAAUCGCUGCAGCAUAUCGGAUUGUAAAGCUAUAGAUCACUUCCUGUCCUGACAAUGACGUUUUACCUUUUCUAGAGGCCUUUUGGCCUUCGAUGGUGAUGAAAAAGUGGUUGAAUAUCAAGCCCAAGGCGUAUGAUUUUAGUGCAGAUGAGGUUGACACCGAAAGUGAAGAUGAUGUGUAUUCUCUUAAGGAUGAAAGAAUGCACGUGUCUGAGGAUCUUGCCCAUAGGACGCAGGAAAACCAAUUCAUACGCCCCAGUCAAACUUCAGGUUAUCGGUCAAGACACAGGAGAGGGAAAUCAGAAACUUUGCGUGUGCAAUACAUCAAUACAAAGAUUGUGAGGGUGACAAUUGGCACUUGGAAUGUUGCUGGAAGACUUCCAUACGAAGAUCUUGAGAUUGAUGACUGGCUUUGUACAGAAGAGCCAGCAGAUAUUUACAUUAUUGGUUUCCAAGAGGUAGUCCCUUUGAAUGCUGGGAAUGUACUGGGAGCAGAGGAUACCAGGCCCAUUCCAAAAUGGGAGGAGAUCAUACGAAAAACUCUCAACAAGUCUUUGGAACCUGAAAGCAAACACAAAAGCUAUAGUGCCCCACCCUCCCCCGUGUUAAGGACUUCCUCUGUUUUUGACAUGCUUGCAUCCGAGGCUGAUGCUCAUUCAGUAACAAUGAAGAACGAGGAAUAUGUCAGGACAACAAAAUGUUAUGACAUGGAACCAGAGGCACUGGAUAAAGGAGUUAAUAUUGGAAUGAACAUACAAUUAAGGAGAAUAUAUGGCUUUGAUUGUGACAAUAGAUUAGACUGGCCUGAGCAUUCAUUAGACGCAGCCCCUCAGGUUAUCUCCUCCAGUUCAAAAUUGCGAAGAGUCUUUAGCAGUUCCGGUAGAAUUGGCUUUAACUUGACAGAGAAAAAUUUUGCAUUAGAUGGUAGUAGAUUGAAACGUAUGCACUAUAGCUCUGGUAAUCUAGGCUUGAUGUGGAUGGAGCAGAAAGAGAAGCCUGAAAUUCUUGAUUCUCUCUCUGAUGUGUCCAACACGUUUUCUGAUGAGGAAGAUGACAAAUUUCUUGAAUUACCAGAGGAGGAGGAGCAGCAUAAUUGUGAAGUAAGCGAAAAUGAUGUGAAGUCACGUACUAGAUAUGUGAGAGUUGUCAGCAAGCAGAUGGUAGGGAUAUAUGUAUCGGUUUGGGUGCGCAAGAUGCUGAGAAGGCAUAUUAAUAAUUUGGAAGUUUCUCCCGUUGGAGUUGGUCUAAUGGGCUACAUGGGAAACAAGGGCUCUGUUUCUGUAAGUAUGUCAUUGUUUCAAUCACGGAUGUGCUUUGUUUGUUCUCAUCUGACCUCUGGUCAGAAGGAUGGGGCUGAGCAGAGGCGAAAUUCUGAUGUGUAUGAAAUAAUACGACGUACCCAUUUCUCAUCUAUCUUCAAUACAGAUCAACCACUGACUAUUCCUUCUCAUGAUCAGAUAUUCUGGUUUGGGGAUUUGAAUUAUCGUAUCAACAUGUUAGAUGCUGAAGUUAGGAAACUGGUUGAUCUUAGAAGGUGGGAUGAACUUCUCAACAACGAUCAGCUAAGCAAAGAACUUCGGAGUGGGCAUGUAUUUGAUGGAUGGAAAGAAGGGGUGAUAGACUUUCCACCCACUUACAAGUAUGAAAUCAAUUCCGAUAGAUAUGUUGGUGAGAACCCAAAAGAAGGGGAGAAGAAGAGAUCUCCGGCCUGGUGUGAUCGUAUACUGUGGUUGGGAAAAGGUAUAAAACAACUUUCCUACAAAAUGGCUGAAAUAAGACUCUCAGAUCAUCGACCAGUUUGUUCAGAUUUUUUGGUUGAAGUCGAAGUCCUAGACCAUCGGAAGCUGCGAAGGGCUCUCAAUUACAACAGUGCCCUGGACGAUUAGAUUUGGAAUGCAUCCCAAAAUUUUCCUGGACGAUUAGAUUUGGAAUGCAUGGAUCUUAGCAGAUACCAGGCAAGGGAUUGCAAACAAAUCAUUUUGGCAAUGGUAGCAAGAUUGGUACUUCUGAUCGAUCAUCAUGUCUGACUAGAAGCUUACACG